GUAAUAUUGCGUCAGUUGGUUAUUUUACGUCUUUUGAGAAAGUUCAUCUUGUCAAGCGUUACUAAAAAGGAAUAAAAAUGACUUGGGUUCAAGGAAGUCCCGGCUUGAAAAUGCCCGAAAGUGCUGUCGUUCUCGGAAAAGGCGAAGCUCAUACCUCCAUCUACAUUGGGAGUGUCUUGCAUGAAGGCAAACGAGUUUUAGCUCAAGUUCAUCCCUCGAAGAAAGCUGCGUAUUUUCAUCGAUAUGGACAAGAUAUUGAAAUGUUGUAUUACAAAAUUUUAUGUGUUCCGAACUCAAAUUGGGCAAAAUUUAAUCAAUCGAUACCGGAAAAUGCUUUAAUGGUGAAUUUAGGCACGGAAAAUGUCUACAUUGGGCGUUGCAUUGUCACGCCAAACAGAAUUUACAUCGGAACAAUACAUCCAACGGAUGGCAUGAGUGUCGAUUUUUACGGUGAAUCAGCGAAAUUGGAUGAUUGCGAGAUAUUAGUAAGCGGUGACGUGAUACAAGAACCUACUGCGGAAGUAAAAACUGUGACAAAUACAAAAAUUUCUGAAGAAAAAGCUCCUGAAGUUCAAAUUUUAGAAGAAAAAUCUACUGAAGUUCAAGCUCCUGAAGUAAAAUCUCCCGAAGUACAAGAAAAAAUCGAAGAAAUUGAAGAAACAAAGCCGGAAAUCUCCUCAAACAAUGAAAACGAAGCAACAGUUGAAUCAACAAUUUCUGAAGAAAUCCAAAACGAUAACGAAUUACGAGAAUACGAGGCGCUCGAAACACAAAUGACACUCAUUCAUGACGACGAACGCCCGCCAUCGUUGGAGUUGAUCGAAGAAAAUGACGAAUUUAAUCAAAAUAACGAGUAGAGCAAUGAACUGACAAAAAAAAAGUUGAAAUGAAAACAAAACAAACGGAAAACCAAAACGUUCAUCGGACAUCGUAUGAAUCGAGUUGCAGGAAAAACAUUCCCAUAAAAUAAAAAUAAACAAAUUGAUUGUAAAAUUUAAUUUCGAGCAUAAUAAAAAAUAAAUUUUUAUCGAGAGCGACGAGACAAGAGCAAAAAAUAACAGUUUUAAAGUGCAAAAUCCGAACAUUAGCGUAAUAUUUGUGUUUCAAAUCACGAAAAUUUUAUUGAGCAAACACAAGUUUGCAUUUCGAAUUGUUCCAAUGACAAUUUUUAAAUUUAAUUUUUUUUUUUACUUUUUUUCUGUGUGUGUUCACAAACAAAUGUGGCGUGCAAAUGCAUGCGA